UGUAGCGCGGCCGCCCCCUUUUGCUUUCCCUACGGCCCGGCCAUGACCCUGCGGAGACUCCGGCGGCUCCGGUCCGGGCAGCAAGAGCAAGAGGCAGAGACGGCGAGCGUGGCAGGUUCGGGCGUGCUCGGGGAACGAGCCUCGGCGCUGGAGCUGGAAAAGGCGCUGGCGGCCUCGGGGGGCACCUUGCCCCGCGCCAGGAGGGGCUCCGGAUUCAAAUGGCGCUCUCUUGGCCAGUCAUUCGAGCAGCACAGGAAGGUGAUCACACUGGAGAAGGAGGAGACACAGGCCUUUGGAUUUGAGAUUCAGACAUAUGGCCUACACCACCAGGAUACCAAACGUGUGGAGAUGUUCACUUUUGUAUGUCGUGUGCAUGAAGAUAGCCCAGCCCAUAUAGCUGGCCUGAAACCUGGAGAUACCAUCACUGGCGUGAAUGGGCUCAAUGUGGAGGGGAUCCGCCACCGUGAGAUUGUGGAAAUCAUCAAAGCAUCUGGGAAAGUGCUCCGGUUGGAGACCUUGUACGGCACAUCAAUCCGAAGGGCGGAGCUCGAGGCCCGUCUGCAAUACCUCAAGCAAACGCUCUAUGAGAAGUGGGGAGAGUAUCGGUCGCUGAUGGUGCAAGAGCAGCGCCUCGUCCAUGGGAUCGUCGUGAAAGACCCCAGCAUCUAUGACACCUUGGAGUCUGUGCGCUCCUGCCUGUACGGCACUGCGCUGGCAAAGGGCUCCGCACCCCUCAGGACGCUGUUGCCGGGAGCAGGGAGCACGUACAGCAGUGUGGGCUGCGUCAGCAGCACCACGGAGGACAGCGAGGAUUCGGUUUACCAGACCUGCUUUUUUGACUCUGCCAAUUCCCUGGACGCUGCCCCCACGGCCGCCCAAGCCUCCCGCCCCCAGGCCACGCUAACUCGCAGUGCCAGCGUCAAAUGUACCAGCAGCAAUGGAGCUGCCCGCUUCUGGGACAAGCCAUGCGACCCAAACAACACCUCAGCAACACCGAGGCCCAGGAAGAGCAAACAGGGAAGCUUCCGGAAGAGGUUCUUGAAGUUCAUCCCUGGGUUGAACCGCUCUCUGGAGGAAGAAGAGAGCCAGUUGUAGAAAAACUGAGGAAGUGGGAAAGGCGGGCUGUCUCCCCCUUCAAAGUUGGCUAUUUAUUUAUUUAUUUGACCAUCCUUUGGGUGGUUCAAAAGACUCGAGCUUCCAAGAAGACCUGAAUGCCAGCUGCCUCCCUGUGCUUUACGGGAUGCAGCUCAUGUUGGAUAGAUCUGGCCAUGGACUUGGCUGAACUGCCAGUGCUGAACUGAUUGAUUUUUCGGGCAAUGAGCUCACAGGGGUUGGGAGAAAUGCUGAGUCUUCAAGGAAGCAGGAAGCGAUGGCGGCAGGCAGGGAGAGGGGAUCUCAAAAGGAAGUGCAGCAACUUGUCAGGCCAAAGAAGCACACAGUGAUCCAGCCGCCAUCAUCUGUGGGAGGACAUUGUUGGAGCGGGAUUCCUCUCAGGAAAUAAUAGACCAAACUAUAAAUGCUACUGGAUGGCUCCUUGCUGUUGAGGGCUUCAGCAGCUUCUGAGAAGGGUGGAUCUUGGGAAAUGGAAAACUGCUUCUGGCUCCUAAUGGGCAGGAGUUUUGUUUUGCUUUUUAAAACAAAAUCUUCUGGAAAAUUGGGUGGUCCGGGAUUGUAAAUCGUGGGGUUUGUGUUAGGACUUGAAGGUGUAUUAGCAGAACUGGCAUGAAGUAGCAUUUGAGCUUUAGAGAUUGAGGUUUUUCUAAUAUCAGUAGGAUGUGGCAGCCCUGUCCUGGGAUAAAAAUGGCUUUCAGAGGGUGGGGCCCAUGAGGUGUGGGGUGGAGCUGAGAGGGAGAUGAAGAGGACUGCAGGGUAUGUUACUUCUGGGUGGCCAGUCUUUUCCCUUCCAACCUGCAGGCCCUUCCCUGCCUGCUUCUGAACCAUAUUUGAGAGAGGCGGAACUGUUAAUUCGUGGCAGGCCAGACUGCUGCAUCCAGCACUUUGUCAGCUAUUGCGAUUGCUGUCUUCUAUCAAUCUGGUCGCAGUGUCUGGGAAUCCCCCUCCCCCUCCACCCCCAAUUUGUAACUGUGGUUUUUGUGCUGCCGAUCCCUAUCUGUAAUCUGCUCAAAGAAGCACUCUUAACAAACUGCAUCCUGCCUGUCUCAUCACCUCCAGAGGCUGGUCCCUGCAGCCUCCUGCCAGCCUUUUAAAAAGCCCAGAUGUAGUUUAUACUUGCCUUCCGACUAUUUUUACUGCAGCUCUUAAAAUAGGGAACAGUGGUUUUAUCUUUCAUGUUCUCUGUUGGCACAGACAGCAUGAUGAGAAAGACUUUCUGGCUGCAGAGAGGUAGCACUGAGUAGCACCUCUUCCCUACACAUUUUUAAUUGCGUUUAUUUUGGUUUAACACCAAGGGUGCUGAUCUGAUUUCCAUAUUCUUUCCCUUCUGAACUACAGUUCCUAGAAUUCAUUGGGACAAAAACCCCAUGGCCAGUUACCUCCUUUAUUCUCUCCCCCUUCUGAACUAUGAUUCCCAGAAUUCCUUGGGAAGAGAAGCCCUGGAUUCACCCUGGGUCCUGAAUUCUGUGGGUUGGCCUAGCAAUAAACACUAUUUGUGCUGCCGCCAAACAAGAGCUACCCUGAGAUGAACCCAUUAGGAAAGCCAGCCUGGAGAAUAUAGAUACUGCACUGAUGUCCUAAGUGAAAGACCUCCUAGAAUGAGAGUGAGAAAAGUGGAAGAUGGUGUGGAUUAUUCAGCUACUGGAACUAUUCCUGUAAAAAAGAUGUAUUUUGAAUCAAUCUGCUCUGCUCUCUCUUUGGAGAAGGCCAAGAGUAACAGCGAGCAGAGGGGCACUUUCUUUGUUUUUGCGAUUGAAACUGAACCUUAUCUCAGGAAGUAGCUGCAGGAAGGGGAGGUGGCUGACACAACAUGAGGAGGAAAAAAUGGGCAAAGGGUGCACAUCGACUGGUGCAUCUCAGAAGGAGAUCUAAGUGAAAGUGAAGCAAGACCGUGGAUGGAGGCGGUGGGGCAGGAGAGGGGCUAAGUUCAGCUUACAUAUGCAUAAAAAUGUAACCUGGGUAAGGGGAAAACAAGGCUAAGUAUUUUGUACAGACAUGUGCUCCAAUGUUUCAGAGGUUAAUUUUUUUGGAGAAAUACAUUAAGACAUUUUGCAUUCA